AUGUCUCUGGAACCACUGGAAUUAUUACCUUUUGAAAAGUGGUGUGAAUUACAGACUAUGUUCAAAGCAGAUUGGCCCCGAGGUAUCUCUGGUUACACGGUUUUGGAAACUCAGAGAGUAUUAAUCGAAAAAGGUUGUGAUUACGGUUUUAAAGUUUAUUGCCCUUUCGGUGACCUAAGGAAUGGAAUGGUCGCCGUUAAUGUAAAGGAUACCUUUCAUGAACUCAUAGUGUUAUGCCCUCAAGAUGACACCGAGAAACUCGAAGACGCUCUAAGACGAACCAAAAUAGUAAACUUACAUGACUAUGACGUUAUUCCAUUUGCUCCUCACCACGUGAGACAGUGUAUUCAGAGAGUUUUAGAAGAGCAUGUUAAAUUGAAACUAAUAUCAUCAGACGCAUUUAUAUAUGAUAAACCGGCAACAUUUACAGGGACCGAAGUGCCUGAGGGAAUUUCCUUUGGUAUCCUGACAUCAGAACACGUGGACUUAGUUGAUUCGAAGUGGCCAUAUCGUUACAAUUCUUCGCGUUGGUACUUUCAGUUGAUGAUUAAUGUGAAAUUUGGUUAUGGUCUGUUCGAAGGCGGCAAACUUAUCGCCUGGGUUUUACUCAAUGAAUCAGGUGCCUUACUGAACUUGUACACUCUAGAAAGUCAUCGAAAAAAGGGUUAUGCAGAACUUAUAGUGAAAUUGCGUCUGCCUGUCGAGUCUAGUCUAAUAAUGUCUCAGGAGCCGCUGGAGUUAUUACCUUUUGAAAAGUGGAGUGAAUUACAAAGUUUGUUCAAAGCAGAUUGGCCCCGAGGUGUCUCUGGUUACACGGUUUUAGAAACUCAGAGAGUAUUAAUCGAAAAAGGUUUUGAUUACGGCUUUAAAGUUUAUUGCCCUUUCGGUGACGUAAGGAACGGAAUGGUCGCCGUUAAUGUAAAGGAAACACUAUACGAGAUAAUAAUACAAUGCCCUCAAGAUGAUACUGAAAAACUCGAAGACGCUUUAAGGAGAACCAAAAUAGUAAACUGGCAGAAAUAUGUAAUUUGUCCAUUUGCUCCUUAUCACGUAAUACAUUGUAUUCAGGAGGCGUUAGGAGAGUCUGUUAAAUUAGAAACUCUGCCAGCAGACACUUUUAUUUAUGAUACACCAAUAACAUUAACAGGGACCGAACUUCCCGAGGGAAUUUCCUUUGGCUUUCUAACCGCAGAACACCUGGACUUAGUUGACUCAACGUGGCCAUAUUCUUACAAAUCCUCGCGUUGGUACUUCCAGUUGCUAAUUAAUUUAAAAUCUGGUUAUGGUUUGUUCGAAGGCGACAAACUUAUCGCCUGGGUUUUAAUCAAUGAAUCGGGUGUUUUACUGCACUUGUACACUGUAGAAAGUCAUCGGAAGAAAGGUUAUGCAGAACUUAUAUUGAAGUUGUUGAUUAAUAUGAAAUCUGGUUAUGGUUUGAUCGAAGGCAAUAAACUUAUCAUCUGGGUUUUAAUCAAUGAAGCGGGUGUUUUACUGCCCUUGUACACUGUAGAAAGUUAUCGGAAGAAAGGUUAUGCAGAACUUAUAUUGAAGUUGGUCAGUAAUAUAUUAGUUAAAGUGAGGAAACCUGUGAUAGCAUACUGUGUUAAAGAUCCAAUGCAACAUUUACCUUUGGAGAAAUGGAAUGAACUUCAGAACGCCUUUAAAGCAGACUGGCCCAGAGGUAUCAAUGGAUACGCGGCAUUAGAAAUACAGCGACAGUGGGCGGAAAAAGGCAUUGACUACGACUUAAAAGUUUAUUGCCCUUUCGGUGACGUCUGGAAUGGAAUGGUAGCUGUUAAUAUAAAGGAUUCCUUUUACGAAAUAAUAAUCCAAUGUCCGAAGGAUGACACAGAAAAGCUCGCAGAGGCGUUGAAAAAAACAGAAAUUAUUGACUGGAAUAGACAAAUUGUGGUACCGUAUGCUCCUCGGAACGUGAUUGAAUGUCUUAGGAAUACCGUUCGUGACUUGGACGUGGAUCUUUCUGUACACAGGUUCUUGGAAUGUUUUAUACUCGAAGAUGCUACAUUUGAAGAUGUGAUUCUCCCCCAAGGCAUUACCUUCGGCCCUGUAACAUUGGAGCACCUUGACUUGGUAAAUUCAACUUGGCCAAAUCGUUACGCAACUUCUUCAUGGCAUUUUCGACUACUCAUCAACACUAAUUCGGGAUUUGGUCUUUACCUUAAUAAUGCUUUAAUAUCUUGGGUUUUUAUUAAAGAAACUGGCCCAUUACAACAUCUGUACACUGUAGAAGAACAUAGAAAAAAAGGAUAUGGUGAACUGUUGUUAAAAUUGGCAAGUAAGAUCUGGUUGAAGGAAGGGAAACCAGUGUUUGCGUUUUGUUUUAAAGAUAAUGUCAGCGCUUGUAAGGUGUACAGAAAGGUCGGUUUUCUUCCGGGAGAACAGAUUGCUUGGUGCUACCUGAAUAAAAAAGAACAAGAUUCCUUGCAACGUCUACCUAUUGAGAAGUGGAGUGAACUUCAGGCGGCCUUCAAGGCAGACUGGCCUCGAGGUAUUUCUGGAUUUGCGGCUCUUGAGGUGCAAAAACGAUGGGCAGAACAAGGCUUCGAUUAUGACUUCAGAGUUUAUUGCCCUUUUGGUGAUGUUUUGAAUGGAAUGGUGGCUGUUAACGAGAAGGGUACUUUUUAUGAAAUAAUAAUACAAUGUCCAAACGACGACACAACAAAACUAGAAGAAGCUCUGAAAACGACAAAAGUAAUUGAUUGGGAAAGAGAAGUUAUAGUACCAUAUGCUCCUCAGAACGUAGUCAACUGUCUUCGCAAUAUAGCCCAAGAGAUUGGAGUAGAGGAAGCGGAACACGAUCCGUUAGAAACAUUUAUACUUGAAGAAGCGACAUUUGAAGAUGUAAGCUUACCGCCAAAUAUAACCUUUGGCCCUAUUACAUUGGAGCAUCUCGUCUUAGUGGACUCAACGUGGCCUCAUCGCUAUGCAAAUUCAUCAUGGUACUUCAAACUACUAAUUGACACCAAUUCUGGAUACGGUUUGUUUCACAAAAAUGAGCUUAUUACUUGGGUAUUCAUCAAAGAAACUGGUGCAUUACAACAUCUUUUUACGGUAGAAGAACAUAGAAAGAAGGGCUAUGCUGAAAUAUUGUUAAAGCUGGCAAGUAAGAUCUGGUUGAAACAGGGAAAACCGGUAUUUGCAUUUUGUUAUAAACAUAAUGUUAAUGCUUGUAAAGUUUAUAGAAAACUUGGUUUUGUGCAAACCGAACCAAUUGCUUGGUGUCACCUAAAUAAAAAAUAA